AGUCGGGAAAUUAAACCCCCUAUAAGCUCACUCCACCUUGCUCUUUUUUUAUUCUCAUUCCUUGUUUCCAAACAGCGCCGAUAUUAUCAGAACCUCGGACGCUCUCGCCAGUGUCCAGACGCACAUACUUGAUACUCGUAGGAAAAUUCUAGUGAGAGAAGGCAGAGGAGGUAGGAGAGAUGGUGAGGAUAAUCCCCAUGGCGACGUCGUUUCGACCUUCUCUUUCCUCUUUCGGAUUUUCUACUUCUUCUCGACUUGGUUUUCCGCUUUCCACAUUCAAUAUUUCUCGAACGGUCACUUCGCUACACGUCGGCAGCGCUAUUCCGCAGUCCCAAAUUUUUGGUCUAAAUGCUUCUAAAUUGUUAAGAGGAGAAGGCAAUGCCAUGGGAUUUAAUGCAACCGGAAAUAUUGCUCACGCAAGCACUAGUGCUGCCCAAGAAAAUGUUCUAGAGUGGGUGAAGAAGGACAAGCGAAGAAUGCUCCAUGUUGUGUAUCGUGUUGGGGAUUUGGAUAGGACCAUAAAAUUCUACACAGAGUGCCUAGGGAUGAAGCUUUUGCGAAGGCGAGACAUACCAGAGGAAAGAUACACAAAUGCCUUUCUUGGAUAUGGGCCAGAAGAUUCGCACUUUGUUAUUGAACUCACAUACAAUUAUGGAGUUGACAAGUAUGAUAUUGGAGCUGGUUUUGGCCAUUUUGGUAUUGCAGUUGAGGAUGUUGCUAAGACUGUGGAUCUCAUAAAGGCUAAGGGUGGCAAAGUAACCCGGGAACCUGGUCCUGUUAAAGGUGGCAGUACAGUUAUUGCUUUUAUUGAAGAUCCUGAUGGCUAUAAGUUUGAACUUUUGGAAAGGGGACCUACACCUGAGCCAUUGUGUCAAGUUAUGCUUCGAGUUGGUGAUCUUGAUCGUUCCAUAAAUUUUUACGAGAAGGCUUUUGGCAUGGAGCUUCUCCGUAAAAGAGAUAAUCCUGAGUACAAGUAUACAAUAGCAAUGAUGGGCUAUGGUCCUGAAGAUAAAAAUGCUGUUCUGGAGCUGACUUACAACUAUGGAGUCUCUGAAUAUGACAAAGGAAAUGGUUAUGCUCAGAUUGCAAUUGGCACAGAUGAUGUCUAUAAAACUGCAGAAGCUAUUAAACUCUCUGGUGGGAAGAUUACCCGAGAACCGGGACCAUUGCCUGGCAUUAACACCAAGAUUACUGCAUGCCUGGAUCCUGAUGGUUGGAAGUCGGUUUUUGUUGAUAAUAUUGAUUUCCUCAAGGAAUUGGAUUGAAAACUUUGGAAUGUCACUAUAUCAAAGUCUGCGAGGACGGAUCGGGAGCUAAAAUGGUUUGAUCAACUCAAACCUUACUUCUGGCCAGGAUGAUUCUUCCAGAGAGUCCAUCUGAGAGUGUAUCAAUGCCAUCUUUGUCGAUAAAAUAAUCCCAACUAUUACAAUAACCAUCGUUUAAGCAUCUCCUUCCCUGUAGUUGGGCAGCAUUGUAGAAAGUAGACAAUAUUAAUUUUCUGCUUAUUUAUUUAUUCUUUUUGCUCUUUUUGAAGAAAUCAUUCCCUGUCAAGGAAAACUCAUGUUCAAUCAGCAACUGCAUUUAAGUUUAACAAGCUGAUUUUAAGAUCAAAACUUUUGCAGGAAAGUCCGUAUGCCAAUCUCAAUUUAUGCAUGAA